CAGAGGACGGGAGCGGGAGCGGGAGCUAGGGUUCCGGCGGCGAUGGCGAUGGCGGCGGUGAGGAAGGCGACGUCCAGCGCCACAGCGCGGUCGGCGGCGGCGAGGUUCGGCCAGACGAGGCCCCGCUCCUCCGGCAGCCGGGCCUCCAGCGUCGGCGAGGAGGAGAAGCUUGCUCGUGAGGCGGUUGGGCGCGAGAUCCAACAGAAGAAGGAGGAGCUCUACGACGUGAUCGCCAAGGCAGAGCAGAGUUUUGGGACUCGCAGCUUCCAGAACAUGCGCCUACUCCAGCACCUCUCCGUGCAAGUCAACCCAAGGCCGUGGGACUGGGAGUGGCGCCAUCUCCGGUUUUCGAGGAGGGUGAACAGCGUGCUGGAGAUAGCUGGCUUCUUCUCGCUAGGUUGCAUGGGUGCCCACUGGUCGAAGAAGUACCAGAAGUUGCGUGAAGCGAGGGAGGAGCUCCGGGGCCUGGAGGAGGAGCUCCGUGUGCUGAAGGAAGAGCAUGAAGCAGGAGAAUGGGGUCGCCUGGUGUCGGACUAGGUUUGAUGCAAGAAGUAGAAUCUGAGAUGUUGAUUAGAUGAAUAGUACACUGAUGUGAUGUUUCCCUCUUGGUAUGAGUUGAUGUUCCCGAAUGGGUGGGAUCGAACUGAGUUGG